AUGGCUGCUGCCGCCGCCGAGGCCGCGGCCCUCGAUCCUAGCAACAGCUCGAAAAAUACUCUGAAGAUAGAAAAUUUCGAUAAGAGAAACCAACUCCAAGCAAUCGAAAAGAAAUACCAGCAACAAUGGCGCGAAAACGGAGUCUUCGAGGUCGAUGCCCCUUCCCUACAAGAAGUCCCCGCCGGCAAAAUGUCCGCAAAGGAGCUUCGUGCAAAGUAUCCCAAGUUCUUCGGUACAAUGGCGUAUCCUUAUAUGAACGGAACUCUACAUGCGGGGCACAGUUUCACAGCCAGUAAAGUCGAGUUCAUGACCGGUGUUGCUCGUAUGCAAGGCAAGAGGGCUCUUUUCCCUCUAGGUUUCCACUGCACCGGUAUGCCGAUUCUUGCGUGUGCCGAUAAAUUGAAGGAUGAGAUUAAGCUUUUUGGCAAGAACUUUGAGGGGUACAAGCCUGAGGAUGUUAUGCCUGAACAGGCGCCUGCUCCUACUCAGGAAGUCUCUGUUGAUCCAAGCAAGUUCUCGGGCAAGAAGAGUAAGGCUGCCGCUAAGACGGUCAAGGCAAAAUACCAGUUCCAAAUCAUGUUGAGCAUCGGUAUCCCUCUCGAGGACAUUCACAAGUUCGCCGAUGAAAACUACUGGCUUGAAUACUUCCCACCUCUCGCUAUCCGGGACUUGAACAGCCUUGGCGCAAAGAUUGAUUGGCGACGACAGUUUGUGACCACUGACGCAAAUCCCUACUAUGACGCCUUUGUCCGCUGGCAAAUGAACCGCCUGCACGAGUUGGGGAAGAUCAUGUACGGUAGCCGAUAUACGAUCUAUUCGCCCAAGGACGGACAACCUUGUAUGGACCACGACCGGACAGAGGGUGAAGGUAUCGGACCUCAAGAGUACACUGCUUUGAAAGUCAAGGUUACGGAAUGGUCGCAGGCAGCUGCUGACCUUGUCAAGGGCAAGGUUGAAGAUAAUGCCAAUGUCUACUUUAUUCCUGCCACAUUGCGCCCCGAGACCAUGUAUGGACAGACUGCGAUCUUCUUGGGCCCUAAGAUCACAUACGGUAUCUACAAAGUCGGUGAAAAGGAAUACUAUAUCGUGACCAAGAGAGCCGCUUGGAACAUGGCUUUCCAGGGAGUGUUCUUCGGCAGCGAGAACUUCCCCAAGAGUCAGGAUGAGUUGCCUUUGGUUGCUGAAGCCACCGGCUCUACCUUUGUGGGCACAUCCGUCUCGGCACCUUUGGCUCUCCAUGACACCAUCAAGGUCUUGCCAAUGGAGACCGUGUCUGCCACCAAAGGAACUGGUGUCGUCACCUCAGUCCCAUCUGACAGUCCCGACGACUUUGCUACAAUCAUUGAUCUCGCCAAGAAGGCAGAUUACUAUGGUAUCAAGAAGGAAUGGGCGGAGAUCGAAAUUCUUCCUGUCAUUGAGACACCAACCUACGGAAACCUCACUGCACCAGCUUUGGUGAAACAGUUAAAAAUCAACUCUCCUAAAGAUGCCACCCAGUUGGCCCAGGCCAAGGAUUUGGCCUACAGCGAGGGUUUCUACAAGGGUACCAUGCUUGUUGGCGAAUUCAAGGGUGAGGCUGUCCAAACCGCCAAGGAGAAGGUCCGUCAAUCUCUCCUCAAGAGUGGCCAGGCUUUCGCCUUUGCAGACCCAUCAGGAAAGGUUGUCAGCCGAAGUGGCGACGACUGUGUCGUUGCUUACUUGGGCCAGUGGUUCUUGAACUACGGUGAGAACGAUGCCAAGUGGCAGAAGACUACUUUGAACCAUGUGGUCAAUGACUUGAAUACUUAUGCCCCCGAGACUCGCAACGGUUUUGAGGCUAACCUCAGCUGGUUGAACCGAUGGGCUUGCGCAAGAACAUAUGGUCUCGGUUCCAAGCUUCCAUGGGAUCAGCAAUUCCUUGUUGAGAGUUUGAGUGAUAGUACUGUUUAUAUGGCAUAUUACACCAUCGCUCACUUGCUCCACGGCGACCGAUUCGGAAAGACGACCGGUGUCUUGAACAUCAAGCCGGAGAACAUGAUUGAUGAAGUCUGGGACUAUGUCUUCACAAGGCGCGAGCUUGAUGACGAGGUGAUUGCGAAGAGUGGCAUUAGCAAAGAGAGCUUGCAAGCUAUGCGAAGAGAGUUUGAAUACUUCUACCCACUUGAUGUUAGAGUCAGUGGAAAGGAUUUGAUUCAGAACCAUCUUACCUUCUUCCUCUACAUCCACAUUGCUCUUUUCCCUCAGGAAUACUGGCCACGGGGCGUCCGAUCAAACGGUCACUUGUUGCUUAACGGUGAAAAGAUGAGUAAGAGCACGGGUAACUUCCUUACUCUUAAAGAUGCCGUGGACAAGUACGGAGCGGACGCUACUCGAAUUGCUUUCGCCGAUGCCGGUGACGGAAUCGAAGAUGCAAACUUCGACGAAACUGUUGCCAACAGCAACAUCUUGCGUUUACACGCACUCAAGGACUUUCUUGAGGAGGCUGCCAAGGACGAAACCUUGCGAACUGGCCCUGCGGACUCUUUCUGGGACAAGUCGUUCAACAAUACGAUUAAUGUGAUUGUGGAGGAGGCCAAGACACACUAUGAAAAUACCAACUUCAAACUUGCUCUCAAGUCAGGACUUUACGACCUUGUGAAUGCCCGUGACGUCUAUCGUGAGGCGACUUUGAGUGCCGGUGUGGGAAUGCAUCGCGAUGUCCUCCUUCGCUAUGCCGAGAUUCAGGCAUUGAUCAUUGCUCCCAUUGCUCCUCAUUGGGCGGAGUACAUCUGGUUGGAUGUCCUCAAGAAGCCCGAGACAAUCCACCGACAGUUGUUCCCUGAGGUACCAGAAGCAGACGUUGCCUUGUCUGCUGCCGCAGCUUAUGUCCGUGACAUCUCUUCCAACAUCACAUCAGCCGAGGCCACCUACAUCAAGAAACUCGCCAAGGGAAAGAGCUUAAGCUUCGACCCUCGCAAACCCAAGAAGGUGAUCAUCUACGUAGCCAAGAGCUUCCCCGCCUGGCAAGAGAAAUACAUCGACCUCGUCCGUGAAUCCUUCGAUUCCUUGAACUUGAAGAUCGACGACAAGGGCUUGAACGCCAAGGUCAGCAAAUUGGGCGAAAUGAAGAAAGCCAUGCCCUUCGUCCAGGGGCUCAAGAAACGCUUGAUUGGUAACAAGGAAUCUCCCGAGGCGGUCUUCGACCGCAAGUUGCCGUUUGAUGAGAAUGCGGUUCUCGCUGAGAUGGUUAUGGGAUUGAAGCGGGUGACGGGCGCCAAGGAGAUUGAGAUUGUUGCCGUUGAGGAAGGUGGUAAGACAGGAACUGUUGUCGCGACGGGCGAGAAGAGGGAAGGUCUUAACGCUGAAAACUCUGUGCCCGGUCAGCCUACGUUUGAGUUUGUCAAUAUUGCCGAGUGA